AUGGCCAUGGCCAAGCGGCCUCUGUCGCUCUACGCCAGCCCCUGGAGCUCCCCGACUUGGAUGAAGACCAGUGAGUCCUUCGUGGGCAAGGGCACGCUCAAGGGGCAGGCGGGGGACAAGUACCACAAGACCUGGGCCAACUACUUUGUUCGGUUUCUGGAUGAAUACGCCAAGCACAACGUGACCUUCUGGGCCGUGACAGCGGAGAACGAGCCCUCGGCCGGGCUCAUCAACAACUACCCCUUCCAGUGCCUGGGCUUCACGGCCGAGCAGCAGCGGGACUUCAUCGCCCGCGACCUGGGCCCCGCGUUGGCCAACAGCUCCCACCGCGACAUCCGCCUCAUCAUCCUGGACGACAACCGGCUGCAUCUGCCGCACUGGGCCAAAGUGAACAUCCUGGCACGGUCGGCGCCGGCGCGGGAGCAUCUGCUCCGCUCCUACUUCUCGGAGGAAGGCAUCGAGUACACCCUGCUCCGGAUGCCCUUGGGCUGCAGCGACUUCUCCGAGCGCCCCUACAGCUACGCCGACGUCCCCAAUGACUACGAGCUGCGGCACUUCCAGCUGGCCGAGGAGGACACAAGGAUGAAGAUCCCGCUCGUGCACUUCGUGGGCAAGGGCACGCUCAAGGGGCAGGCGGGGGACAAGUACCACAAGACCUGGGCCAACUACUUUGUUCGGUUUCUGGAUGAAUACGCCAAGCACAACGUGACCUUCUGGGCCGUGACAGCGGAGAACGAGCCCUCGGCCGGGCUCAUCAACAACUACCCCUUCCAGUGCCUGGGCUUCACGGCCGAGCAGCAGCGGGACUUCAUCGCCCGCGACCUGGGCCCCGCGUUGGCCAACAGCUCCCACCGCGACAUCCGCCUCAUCAUCCUGGACGACAACCGGCUGCAUCUGCCGCACUGGGCCAAAGUGGUGCUGGAGGACGAGCAGGCGGCUCGCUACGUGCACGGCAUCGGCAUCCACUGGUACCUGGACUUCAUCGGGCCCAUCCAGGACACGGUGGUGCCCACGCACGAGCUCUUCCCCGACUACUUCAUCCUGGCCACGGAGGCGUGCAUCGGCUCCCACUUCUGGGAGCCCGAUGUGGUGCUGGGCUCCUGGGAGCGGGGCAAUCAGUACAGCCACAGCAUCCUCACGAACCUGAACCACUUUGUGGCCGGCUGGACCGACUGGAACCUGGCGCUGGACCUGGAGGGCGGCCCCAACUGGGUCAAGAACUACGUGGACAGCCCCGUCAUCGUGGACCGUGACAAGGACGUCUUCUACAAGCAGCCCAUGUUCUACCACAUGGGGCACUUCAGCAAGUUCAUCCCCGAGGGCUCGCGGCGCGUGGGGCUCGUCGCCUCCACGGAGCCCAAGGGCUGCGACCUGGAGCGCGUGGCCUUCGUGCGCCCCGACGGCGCCGCCGUCGUCGUGGUCCUCAACAGGUGA